AUGCCCAAACAAAAAGCGCCCAAAGGCGCCUCCUCCGAAGAUGUCUCUGAUCCUCGAUUCUCAAAUUUCACCACCGAUCCACGAUUCCGGCUCCCGUCGAAAAAGCACACGCGCACAACAAUUGAUAAACGUUUCUCGCGCAUGCUGAAGGAUGACGAUUUUGCGAACACGGCUAAGGUCGAUCGGUAUGGACGGAAGCUGAGUAGUGAGGGCAAGAAGAAGGCCCUGGAACGAUUAUACGUUCCUGAUGAGUCAGAUGGGGAGGACGAGGACAAGGCCGAGGUCGAGAUCGAAGAGGACGAUGUUGUGGAGAAGGAAUUGAGGACUGUGGAUGCGGGGUACGAUCCUGCUCGUGGAGGGGGAUUCUCGUCUUCGUCUGAGGAUGAAGAUGAUGAUGACGAGGAUGGAGGCGUGGAGAUCGAGGAGGAGGCGACAUUCCCGGAUAUGCAGGGUGAGCAGGCGACUGUUGAGAUGGGCGAGGUCUCGGAGCGCAUUGCGGUUGUGAAUAUGGAUUGGGAUAAUGUACGGUCUGGGGAUUUGAUGGCUGUCUUUUCCAGCUUUGUGAAGCCUGGUGGCAAGAUACAUAAGGUUUCCGUAUACCCCAGCGAAUUUGGCAAGGAGAGGAUGGAGCGGGAAGAGUUAGAAGGGCCACCAAAAGAGAUUUUCAUGCGCAAGGCAGAUGAGGAUGAUUCGGAAUCGGAGCCGGAUUCAGAAGAUAGCGAAGAGGAUGAGAAGAUCAAGAAGGAUUUGCUGAAAGAGGAUGAUGGAAAAGACUUCGACGACGGAGCCCUCCGUCAAUACCAACUCGAGCGGUUACGCUAUUUCUACGCAGUAGUCGUCUGUUCCGACGUCUCCACCGCACAGAACAUCUACGAAGCAACAGACGGCACCGAGUACCUCUCGUCAGCCAACUUCUUCGACCUACGCUUCAUCCCCGACGGCACUACCUUCGACGAUAAACCGCGCGAUGAAUGCACCAGUGUACCAGAAGACUACCGACCUACAGAAUUCGUCACAGACGCGUUGCAGCACUCCAAGGUAAAGCUCACGUGGGACAUGGCCCCGGAAGAAGCGACGCGAAAAGACGCCAUCAACCGCGCCUUCAGCGGGAGCAGAGCAGAGAUCGGCGAGAACGAUCUACGAGCGUACCUAGGAAGUGAUUCAGAAUCCGAGGCCGAAGAGCCAGGGCCAGAGGCAGAGUCAGAGGCAGAAUCAGACCACGGGGCAGAACCCAAGCUCAGCAAGAAAGACCUACAACGGCAAAAAAUGCGCGCUGCUCUCGGUCUAGCCGACGAGCCCGCCCCCUCGAGCAAGAAAUCAAAAGCAGGCCCCGUAGGCGACAUGGAGAUAACCUUCACGGCCGGCCUAUCCGCCUCGACAGACACGACGGGCGUCUUCUCCAACAAUCCCAUCACGACCGAAACGACGGCCGAGGCGUACGUGCGGAAAGAAAAAGAGCGCAAGGCGCGCCGCAAAGAGAAGUCCAAAGCCAAGCGCGAAGGACGGGACCCCGACGCUUCUCCACCUCCAGAGCCCGAAGACCAGACGGCCGAGACGGAGAACCUCGGAUUCGACGACCCGUUCUUCAACACCGAAGAAGUGUCCAAAGCCUCAGCCUCAAAGACCCACCGGAAAGCCGACCGUCUAGCAAAGCGAGACGCGAAAGCCGCAGCAGCAGCUGUGUCGGCGGCGGAGAAGGCAAAGCUUUCGCUGCUCAUGGAGGACGCGAGCACGGACGCGCCCACGAAUCUCGACCACUUUGACAUCAACGAGAUCGCGCGGGCCGAGAAGAAGGCGGCGAAGAAGCGCAAGGAUAGAGGGGAGAGUAAGAGGGGUGGGUUGCAGUCGGGCUUCGAGAUGGAUGUUGGUGAUGAGCGGUUCGCGGGACGGUUGUUUGGGAAUCACGAGUUUGCUAUUGAUCCUAGUAAUCCGAAGUUCAAGGGGACGGAGGGGAUGAAGGCGCUGCUGGAGGAGGGGAGGAGGAAGAGGGAUAGGGUUGUUGAGCGGAGGGAGAGGAAGAGGAAGGGUGGAGAUGAGCAGAAGGAGGGUCUCAGUAGUCUUGUGGAGAGUGUAAAGAAGAAAGCCAAACGCUGA